UACUUACUCCGUACUGUUCUCCUAGAUCACAUCACCUAUGGUAGAGCUUUGCCAAGCACCUUAUUGCCACCACAAAUGUACUUGAUCCUAGAGCAACUGUCAACCAUUAUUGCUAUGCUUCCCACCGCUAGUGCCAUUGUCCAUUGUCAAAGAAAGAUGUCGGUUCUCAGGUCCUGUUUUCUUUUUCUCGGGAGCGGGGUACCUCUCUCAGAGGGCAGAUCGCCUGCAAGCUGUAACUAUAUAGUGUCCGCCCCGGACCCCCUUUCUCUCACCACCUUAGUAUUUUUCGAAGUCCUAACAUGUUUCGCCCAUUACGGGCUUUUCCAUUCUCUACAUAAUAUGGAAGGACAGAGGAAUCUUGAGGGCUAGGGCUUGAUUCCUAAAAGAGCAAUCGGAAAAACACAGCAUGACAUGCCAUAGCUACAAAUUUGUUUUCUUUCUGCCUUUUCAACUCUUUUCCGCUAUUUGACCUGGCUUCACCGCUAAUCUCUCUUUUGUAUCAUUUGUCAAAUCUUCCUGCUCCUGUUCUGAUUCCAAGCUGGUUCUACUGCAAAACAAAAAGAUGGUCCGUCCGACACAGCUAGCUGAGAUGUAUGGGGAUUUCAGCAAUGUUGAUCCUCGGCUGGUUGUUGCUCUUGAGAAAAUCCAUGCCGAGGACCCAAGAUAUAAAGAGCCUGAGGUGCCAGAGUUGACAACAACGGAUCCAGAGGAAGGCAUCUGCAUUGUGUGUCGCUGUGCCUGGUUUCUUCCCCUGCAGUUUGGGCCUUGUGGGCAUGUGUUCUGUGCUGAGUGUCUUUGGAAUGUGCUAUUCUCACAUGCUUCUGAUGCCGACCCCUCCUGCAUGCUUUGCCGCUCUACACAACCCGACUUCAGAUACCGAUCCGAAAUACAGACCAUCUCCGCUGACCGAUCUGAUUUUGACCGGGGGAGGAUCUACCUCAUUAUACUCUUCAUGAAACUACAGCUUCUUCAUGGUGCAUGGUUUGACUGGGAUAUGGGAUCCGACGAGUAUAAGAUGUUUGAGGUGAACAGGGAUACGGAUGUGGAGGACAUCCAGGGGAUCAACACAGAGACUUUGACUGGGCUUCGGGAAGAGGAAGACCACUGGGCGACCAGACCCGCGGAGGAAGGAGAUAAUGAUCAGGAGGAAGAUAGCGAGGAGGAGCACCCAGGUCUUCUGGAGAUGAUACUGCAUAGAAUCCCAGUUCAUGCUUUAUGAGGCAGGCUUCGCCGAGUGUGCUUUGCUCGAAUUGUCAUGCAGGCACGCCUAGAGACACUGGCUCCCAACUACAGAAUGUGGUGAGCUAGAAGUGCUGGACGACUAUGCGAAAGAAGUAAUACAGAUAAAACACCAUACUCGACAAUCGAUCAGCCGAAGAAUAUACAUUUAAGCUUGUUAGCAAACUGGUGGACUGGAUAUGCCCCUGAUGCGAUGGCGCUGACGGACCUCUUGUUUGCCUCCUCCUUGACGGCACUCUGGGUGUAUAUAGCAACCAGGUUGGGGAACUUUGCUUUCUUCUUUUCCCUCAACUUUGGAUGAUCUUUUCGAGGAUUCAAUUUCACUUUUCUGUCUGUUGGCGAUCUGCGCGAGACUUUUAGAAGUCGAUGAUCAGAAUCUGGCCCAAUUCAUCAUUCCAUGUCAUAGUCUCACUUCUUGUUGAUGGGAAGGUCUCACGCCUCAGCAUCAAGCUUUCCUGAGUUCUUUCUAAACUAUCACCUCCCCAACCCAUCAUAAGCAUACGGCGGAUCUCUCUGCCACCACACAGAAAGUAUAUCAAUUUCAGGUCAAUCGCUCCUAGAAAUACAGGAAUUGCGGUGCCCUGUGCUUUCUGAAGAAUCCAGCAUGUAUCUACUUUGCGUGAGAUCUCCUUCCAAAGCCGGGAUGUGGUCCUCAUUCCCACCACAGUGUAGCCGUAUGUAUCUGAUCGCCCGAUUGGUAGCAGCUAGGGUCCAAAACACGACCCUGGAUCGCAUAUCCAGCAUCGGGAUUGACGGCAAUCAAAUAGUUGUCCCAAUAUGCAAGGAUGUCGCUUCAGACUAGAAUCCCAUUUUUUGGGGAGUUGAGUCCAGCAGGGGAAGGACUGGGGAAAAUGAACUGUGAAUAGCCAUGGGCCUUAAGGAUGUAUUCAAGCGCCAACAGAAAUAUGUGCACGGCUUGAAAGCCAGUCCAAUGCCCCCCUUCAGCAUCUAGAUUGAUAUCGCCGGUAAUUAUGCCACGUCCGUCACGUUGGCGGACCGGGCGGAUAAACGCCUCAUUCCUCGGGGUGCUUGACGGUGACAUUAUCCGAGGAUAGAAGCGCUUGCUGCUUGUAUGAAUUGACUCCCCUGAUGUCCGGGACAAGAGGAUCUAUCUGCAAUGUUGGACCAGUUGAUUGGUACACGCGAUCGGGCUGCUUGAGCCAUUUCUUUGGGCAUCAGAACUACCAUCCGUGUGGAAAAUGACGUGCCUCUGGUAGGAGUACUCGCAGCAUAAAGGCCAGGUGGAGAGUCAAAGUUGAUCCACAUGUUCCGCGAAACAGCGUGAUCGAAAGACAUGGUUGUCGCGAGAAUAUUCAAUACCCACCAGUUUUGUCUGCCGGAUGAG